UGUGCCCUGUGGUGAGUGAACCGAUUGACAGGAAAAGCCCUGCUUGGCAAUUUUGAAGAAAAUUUGCGCAAAUUUUAAACAAUAAUUAUAAAAUUUUGACUAAGUUACUUUGAAUAAACAGAAAACAAUCAUUAUGUUCCGCCUUAAUAUUUUGAAAAUGAUACAGCCAAUAGUCAAUUUAAGUCACCAAAGAAGAAUGAAGUCUUCUUUUUACAGAGGAGUGCACUUUCUAUUUAAAAAAAAUCUUUUAUUGACAAAUAGUGUCACAUCAGGAGGAUUUAUGGCUAUUGGAGAUUGGGUUCAGCAGGAAGUUGAAAUACAUGCAAAACUUUUACCUGCAUUUGACUGGUCUCGGGCAGCAAGGAUGUUAAUAGUUGGUACUGUUAUGGGGCCGUUACAUCACUACUAUUAUAUUUAUUUAGAUAAAUUAAUGCCACUAGCCAACCUGAAAACUGUUGCGAUAAAGAUAAUAAGCGAUCAGUUAUUUGCAUCUCCAGCUACCAUUUUAUGCUUUUUCUAUGGAAUGGGAGUUUUGGAAAAGAAAACUAUUAGCCAAUGCACGGAAGAAAUAAAACAAAAGUUUGUGUAUACUUACUUGGGUGAUUGUUUAUUUUGGCCACCAGUGCAGUUUGUUAAUUUUUAUUAUCUGCCAACACACUACAGGGUAUUUUAUAUUAAUAUUGCAACAAUGGUUUUCAAUGUAUUUUUAUCAUUUAUCAAGCAUUACGAUCUUUACAAAUAACGAAAGAUUACUGACUGUAAAUAUAAAUAUUA